AUGGCGCCAGACAUUUCGGUACGCAAGACAGACGAGCUGUCAAAAUCCGGGGAGAUUGACCUGUCCGCCCUUGAAAAAAGUACAUCCAAUUCCUUCGGCACGGUCGAGAACUCGACUGCACCAGCCCGAGAUCUUGGCCUGCUCGCCAUCAUCGCCAUAGGAUGGAACAUCUGCAACAGUUGGGCUGCUAUUGCGGCGACGCUCGCCAUCUCCGUCGCCUCCGGCGGGCCGGUGACGCUGAUCUACGGCAUCAUCAUCAUAUUCAUCUUUGGAGCAGCAUUCUUCAUGUCUCUCGUCGCAUUUAUAGUCAUCACAAUAACCUGCCUUGCCGAGUCGAACCCCAAACAGAGCAGCGAUUUCGUGUGGAGAGAAUUCGUCAACACCUCAGGCUGGUCUUCUGAUGGUGUCGUCUUCCUCACCGGUCUUGUCAACCCCAACUUUAUAUUCUCGGGUCUUGACGGCGCCAUACACCUAGCUGAGGAAUGCACCAACGCUGCGGUGGCUGUCCCUCGGGCUCUUGUCUCGACGGUGGUCAUCGGAUUCGUGACAGCUCUGGUCUUUGCGAUUGGCAUGUGCUACAGCUACCACGACUUCGACGCCGUGCUUGCCUCACCGUCAGUAUAA